UAGCGGCGUGCUUUGUGAUUCUGUAUUUGUCGACUGAAAAAAGAAAAAUAAGAGUUUCCAGUUUUCAACUGUGGCAAAUUAAUUAUCUGGUUAAUUAAAUCCAAUUUUGCAAAAUUAAUCACCAUUUCUGGAACUAAAAGGCAGGUUUGGGAUCGAAAUUAGGGUUUUACAAUGACAGGUCGCUGUUAAAACGACGUCGUGUGAAAUGGUUUUAGGUCCUUGCGAAAACGCCCCAUCUAUUUUCCUUACUUUCAUGCAAGAAACGGCAUCGUGUUGAGCGAGAGACUCAAGUUGACCCAAAAAAAUCGGAGAGAAAGAAAAGGACAGGCUGAAGCGAGAGGGUUAAGCAGUAAACAGUGCCUGUCUCUCUGCUACCUCGGCGCGGCGGCGGCAGCUGAUCUUUCACUUUAUUAAACAGUACAAAGAACAUCAUGGAGAUAGAUGCUGAAGAGGUCAAAGAUAGCUCCCUCAUUUUGAUCAAGCAAGGAGCUGAAGCGAGGGUUUUUGAGUCAAAUUUUGUUGGAAGGAGGUCUAUUGUAAAGGAACGUUUCUCGAAGAAGUACAGGCAUCCAACUCUGGAUUCUAAACUUACUCUCAAGCGUUUAAAUGCGGAAGCUAGAUGUAUGACAAAGGCAAGACGACUAGGGGUGUCUACUCCUGUGUUGUAUGCUGUGGAUCCACUUCUGCAUUCUCUAACAUUUGAGUAUGUGGAGGGUCCUUCUGUGAAAGAUGUCUUCCUUGAAUUCGGGUUACAUGGUAUUGUGGAAGAACGAUUGGAUGACAUCGCAAUGCAGAUUGGCGAUUCAAUUGGAAAACUACAUGACGGUGGUCUUAUUCAUGGUGACUUGACCACAUCAAAUAUGCUACUUCGGAUGGGUACCAAUCAAUUGGUCCUUAUUGAUUUCGGCCUUAGCUUCACAUCAACCCUCCCUGAGGACAAAGCUGUUGAUUUAUAUGUACUGGAACGAGCCUUACUUUCAAUGCAUUCUUCAUGUGGAAAUGUGAUGGACCGCAUUCUCGCCGGGUACAGAAAGUCCUCAAAGCAGUGGUCAUCUACGUUGAACAAGCUAGCUCAAGUUCGACAAAGGGGUCGAAAGCGCACCAUGAUUGGAUAAACGUUUUCCUCUAUUUGUUCCAUUUUAGGUAAAGAGAAAGAGGUGUCCGUUAAAGUGAUCAAAAUUAUGACAAUUUAUAUUGCUGCUGUAUUCUUAUGCAUAUGUAAUGAUCGACCUACAAGUUGUGAUGCAUGAAACAAGUUUUCAUGUAUGGCCAGGGGUUCAAUAGUUUCGUUUUCAUGACAGUUUACUGUUAGAGGAAUUGAGGCAUCCAAAUUAAAUGAUUAUCGCUACGUGUGAUCUUUAUUUUUU